AUGUCCAAUGUACUAACAAACAGCAAAAAAUUCUCCAUUUUUCCCGAAGCAACAGAAGAAAAGAGUCACGUCACGUUAAUCGGAUAUUUUCUCUUCCAAUUGAACUGGUAUAAGGGCAACCGAAAAGUACUUGACACCGAGGGUCGCUUCACUGGAAUCAACACUUGCAACUCUAGGGCAUACUUAUUUGGCAUUCCAUUCCAGCCAACCUUUUAUGCAAAGCAGAAGGAUCAGUUAAAUGAGGGCCUAUGCUGCUUCGAACUUGAUGAGUCGACAAAGAGGCCAAGACCUCGGUCGCUGCUGGUGGCAAAGGUGCCGUGUUGUCGUGGUGACACGCGAAGCUUCAACUCGUAUUCCGUAUGCAAAAGAGAACUGGCCAGACUGACACAAACUUAUGCCGUUCGAGAUAAAAUGGCUAUUCUUCCUGAUCCUGCGACAAAGGGUGAC